UUGUUAAAGAAAAUUUGGAGCAAACAUUUUUUGUUGGUGGAAAAACGACAAUUUCCGUUUUUAAUUAAAAUUAUGAAUUAAUUAACACAUAGAUUUAGAGCGUAUUGUAACUUGAGACGGUUUAGUAACUGCUACAUUAAAUUAAAUCAUGGCUGUCCUGGGCGCCCAACUGGUCAUCACUCUGGUGAUGGUCAGUGUCAUCCAAAAAUUAAGUCCGCAUUACUCCUUUGCCAAAUGGAUAUUAUGCCGCACCGGUCUCUUUCGCUAUCUGCAUCCCACCGACGAUGAGCUGCGCACCAAGGGCAAUGUUCCGAAGGAGAAGCUAUCCAAGGGCAAACACAAGCAGCAUCAGAAUGGCGGAGUUUCUUCCAAUAGUGGACAAUUUCAUGUACCGCGUAGCAUAGAAGUUGAACUGGAGACGACACCAGUUCAAGAGAGAGAUGUUGUGCAUUUACGGUAUUUUACCGAAUACCAAUGGCUAGUGGACUUUAGUGUCUAUGCUGGCAUCGUCUAUGUGUGCUCUGAGGUAUUUCAUUUUUACUUCCCAUUGAAGCAAGAGAUCAACUUAAGCAUGGUCUGGUGCCUAUUGGUCAUAUUUUUUGCUCUCAAACUGUUGUCUUCCCUCACCGUGUUGUACUUCCAAAGCGAAGAAUCGAUUGGAGAACGCUCUAUGGUAAUUGUGGCAUGUUUGGUAUAUCUAUUGAUUGCCAUGAUUGUUCUAAUUAUCGAUGAGCGUAUAUUAGAAACUGGACUGGAGGAUGCUUAUACCAGUUUCAAUGCAAGUGCCUCAAAAUUUCUCACCGAACAGGGAUUACCCUCAUCUGGUCCAGCAUCAAAAAUAGUUGUAAAAUUCUUUUUGGCCUUAAGCUGCGGUCUACUUGGCUCACUGUUCACUUUUCCUGGCCUGCGUAUGGCCAAAAUGCAUUGGGACUCACUGAAAUACUGCCGCGGCAAUCGUUUGCUGCAAAUCCUAUUGAAUCUCAGUUUUGUAUUACCUUUUAUUUUGGUCAUAUUGUGGAUAAGGCCCAUUAGUCGUGAUUAUUUGACGGUGCGCGUAUUCCAGGGUAUGCAACAGCCACUACUAAAACCGCAUGUGUUUGAGACACUGCGUCUGCUCUUGGUUGUGUUUGUGGUCAUUAUGCGCUUUGCCUUGAUGCCCAUCUAUCUGCAAUCGUACCUGAAUCUGGCCUAUGACAAGAUAAUGGAUCUUCGCAAGGAGGCUGGACGCAUUACCAACAUUGAGUUUCAGAAAAAGAUCUCCUCCAUAUUCUAUUAUCUUUGCGUUGUGACCCUGCAAUUUGCUGCACCGCUAAUUUUGUGCCUUUAUUUGACUCUAAUGUACAAGAGUCUUGGCGGAUUCAGUUGGGCGGGCAUAUUCAAGGACAGCGUUGUCCUGCAGCAUGAAUGUGCAGCUGGCGAUAAUGAUUUGACGACUGCAGCGGAUAAUGCUGAUCGUGAAUUUGAUAUACUAGAAUCGGCCCAAUCUCUGCAGGCCUCAUUUACGAGUCUGAAAAAUGUGUUCUCUACAGAGGUAUAUAAAGGAUUUUUGGGCUUUGCCACCUGGUGGUGUUAUUUUACAUUAUUUGCCACCUCUUCACUGGGCAUUGUCUAUCAAUCGUAUUUUAAUAAGACCUAAGAAGCAAAACUCAAAUGAUAAAAAGCGCACCAAAUACUAAAGAAAAAAACCCAAGUAACUUAGAAAAUUUUACGUUUCAAAUUGUUUCGUAGUCGAGAA